UGGCAAUGCCCUGUGUCCCACUUCCCACAGUCACAGCCGCGCACAAGGCCAGAGCUCAGACGGGAGGAUGAAGGCGCUCACGGCAGCCCUGCUCGCUCUGCUGCUCUGCGGACCCUCAGGGCAAGGCCAGGUGCAGGAUGAGGAUGAGGAUGAGGACGACGUGGACCUGGGGCAGGAGGGCUAUGAUGAUGACGACGACGACGAGAUGGACGAGGCCAGCGUGCUGGUGGACGACGGCAGGGAUGAAGGGCUGCACUGCUACUCGUGCCAGUCACUGCCCAGCCCGGAGAGCUGCCUCCUGCGACAGCGCUGUGGGCCCCGUCACCGCUUCUGCAAAACACUCGUCUCUCACGGGGACACUGAGUCCGGGCCCCUGACCACCUACUCGGCCUGGUGCUCAGACACGUGUCACCCCAUCACCAAGACUGUGGAGCGGACCCUGAUGACCGUUACCUGCUGCGAGUCCCCGCUGUGCAAUGUGCCACCCUGGGAGGGCCCCGAGGGAGGGCUAGGGGACCCCCAGUGGGGCAGGGCAGGGGGUGCCCGGAGUAGGGGUGUGGGGGGUCCCUGGGGCUGCCCCCUCGCUGUGGCCAUGACCCUUCUGCUCAGCCUCCUGUGUGGCAUUCACUUUUUGGGGUCCUGAAGCCCCCACCAGGCCCCCUGGCCCCUCCACCCUGCCGGGGUCAGCAGCUGCGGGAAUAAACUGGACUUUUCCGGGACUCUCA